AUGUCAUUGGAUGUGGGUGCAAUUCUUGUUAGCCCCUUCUUAGACAGCAUUCCUGGCAUUAUGGGCAGAAACUUGUGGCGUCAGCUUAAACACCGCUACAAUGUUUUCGAGCUCGAGGCUCCCGAGCCUCCGGAGGAGGAUGCUGUCUCCUUAAAGACCCACCGAAAGAGGAAGAGGGGGAAGGAGGAGGUCGGGGGGACCUCCGCUUCUCACGAUGUCGGGGAGGCGACCUCCCGGGUUGUGGACGCUGUGGAUCUCACCGACAGCCCUCCGGCCAAGGAGGCCUCGCCAGUGGCUACGGCGGAGGUGGUGCAGGGUGUCGGGCUUACUGCACCGGACGCCGAGGGCGGGGUUGGCGUUGCUGAGGUGGAGGUCUGCGUUUCCGAGCAGACCGUCCGAGUUGCCAAGGUGGCAGGAAGUGCCUCUGGGCCUGAGAUGCAAGCGGGGAAAGCCGCUGAGCCUGAGGUGCAGGCGGGAAAAGCCGCUGAGCCUGAGGUGCAGGCGAGAAAUGCCGCUGAUCCUGAGGUGCAGGCUUCCGGGCUGGCCGCCCAGGCUGCUGGGGCGGGCUCAUCGCAGGGGCCUUCCCGGACCCAAUAUCUGUCCCAUCGCUUUGGGAAGGGGAUAGAUACGGUGCGGCUGGAUCACGUGAGCGCGUCCGCCGGUAUGGAUUCAUUAUGGAGCGCGGGGGUGACCGCGGAGAGGUUCUUUCCUCAGGGUUCGUUGAGCUCCGAGGACCAGGGAUUGAUUGACAGGAUCGGUCCCGAGGACAGUUUUGAUGCUGCCCAGGUCAUGCUGCAGAGGGUGAUAGGCAUAAUGAGUCACUGGAAACCCAAGUGGGGCCAGCAGCGAGAAGACUUGGCCAAGCAGCAGCAGGAGCUGGCUAAGCGGGAGCAGGAGCUGGCCAAGCAAGAGCAGGAGCUGGCUAAGGUGAAGGGCCGGCUUCAGCCAUGGAAGGAGGCGAACAAGAUCCUGAGGGUGGAUAACAAGACUCUCACCGCGGCUCUUGAUGAGGCGAAGCGGCGGGUGGCUGAGCUCCGGACCGCGCGUAGCGACCUUGCGCCGGUGCAGAAAUCUCUUGAGAUUGCAUUGCGGUCCAAUGACGCUUAUGCUUCUCGAGUGCGGUCCUUAGAGGAUGUUGUGGCCUCUCUAAAGGGGGAGUUGGUAGCGGCGGCUGAGGAGCGUCUCCGCAGUGAGGCCAUUCUGGGUGGUCGAGAGGAUGAGAUUGCUGCGCUGAGAGUAGAGCUCGUGGAGCUGGCAGCGGGGAAAGCGGCCGUGGAAGGACGGCUAGUCGAGAUGGAGCGCUCCGUCGUGGCAGAGCAUACGAGGGGCUUUCAGAAGGCUACCCGUCAGGCACGACUUCUUGCUCCCGGGUUCGACUUCUCCUCGAUGCAUCUGGAGAAGGUGGUUCGUCGUGGGAGGAUUGUUUCGGAGGACGAUGUUAACGACAGUUCCAGUGAAAAUGCCUCCGCUUAG